AUGGCCAACAACUCUGUUCUUCCACAUCUGCAGUCUUCACAGCGGUACAUGCAGAAACUGGGCCACGUCAAACUGGCAGUUGGACAACUGCUGCUGCUGCUGCUGCAACAACUGCAGCAACAAGGUGGAAAUGGUAAUGGCAAUAGCAAACCUGUUUAUACUCUUCCAGGAGUAAUAAGUUACUUGACUUCGGAGUUUACGAAUUUGGAGAGGUUCAAGAUCAUGACCAACUUGGAGAAGUCGGAGAUGAAACACCGGAUAUUGGAGCUUCAAGGUGAGGUCAAUGCCCUAACAUAUGUUAACAAGAGGCAACAGAAUAGAAUCAAGGAUCUUGAAAAGGAAAACGGUAGGUUACGAGCUACAGCAGCAGCUGUAACGGCAGUGGCAAGUGAUGAUGUAAUUGGUGAUGUACCGGGUGAAGGUGAUGAUGGAAUAAAUAGGGAUUUUGGUGAUGAUUGUAGUGGUGUUCCCGAUAUUGUUAAAUCUGAUGUGGAAAUGUUCAAGCUGGAAAUAGAUGGGUUACCUGAAAUAGACUUACAGGAUAUUAAGAAUCUGAGAGAUGCCUUGGCUAAAUCCAUGAAGGAAAUACUAGAUUUAUUGAAGGCUCCAACUGCUCGUAGUGCAGUAUCUGAAGCCUUAGGGAACCCUGAUUCGUUCAUUGAUAACUACGAUGUGUUAGCCGAGGCUCCUGAACCAACAUCGUCGAAUCAUCCUCAUCCUCAUCCUCAUCCUCAUCCUCAUCAUCAUCAUCAUCAUCAAACAGGACAACAACAAACGUCUCAUGAAUCAGGGAUAGAUUCAUUUGUUUUCAAUUCUGUUGAAUCCAGUGGUCCUGAUUUGGGUUCAGCACCCUCCAAAUAUGAAAGUGAUACUGAAACAGUUGUUUUGGAUGGUUUUAAUGAUUCUGAUAAUACGAAAACAGGUUCGUCUUCAUACGAAUUGGAAGUACCUUCAAAAUUGGACUCGAUGACAAUUUCACCUCCAUCUCCAGCUCGGAUCAAUGAAAUGGCAUUUAUAGAUUAUUCCAACGAUAACAAAUAUUCCAAUACUCGAAAGUUUUUCCAUGGAGCUUAUGUGUUGAUUCUUGCUUAUAAAGAUACCCAAGCCAAAGUUAGUAUAUGGUCACCAACCAAAUUAUCAUCGUAUGAAAUUGAGCUUGAGAGUCCCCAUGAGAUAAUAGAAGCCUAUUGUUUGAAUCCUGAAGAUUCUAAUGCCAAACUUAUCGUCAUUUAUUCGACAUUUGGGGUUGGUUUGAGUUUAUGCAGCGAUGAAGAAGACAAUGAAAAGUAUAAGUUUGAAUUGGAUUCUGUGGGUACAAGUUGUGAUCUUUACAUGGUUGGAAACUCUGACCAAUUGGAGUUUUAUUUACUAUUGAGUGGUGACAAUCGAAUCAAGACGUAUAGAGUGAAACAACAACCAGGGUUGAAUGAGAAGCUUAUUGUUAGUGAUAUUAGAGAUAUUAGUUGCGAAGAACUUGGGAUUGGACUUAUUCAGGAGACGCACUGGUUGCGUGGACAAGAUCAGUAUCAAGACCAAGACCAAGACCAAGCCCAAGAUGCUUACUCUAAGAUCAUUGUUACUGGAGAUUCAUUCAUUGCUAAAGUCGAUAUGAUUACCCAUGAAGUUCAGACCUUAAAGUUUGAUGAUAUCAAGAUCAGUGCGUUUGUCAAUGAACAUCAAGUGAUUGUUACCAAAGAGGAAACCACGUUGGUUGACUUGAGCAAAUUCCAAGUGAGUGCAAAACUACAAGGAUUAGGAGAUGUACUUGGAGUGACCGUCUUGGAAUCCAGUGGCCAUGUAUAUUUGGUCCGGCUUUCCAAUGAAGGAGUGCUUAGUAUAUUUGAUGAGAAAUUGCAAGAUGCACAAGAGAUUCCUGUUCACCGAGAUUCCAAAAGCAUUGGGUCGAUUAAGGGGUUGAUAGUUCUUGAUUCACCUCAGAAGAAUACUCUUUAUGUGUAUGACUUGCCCACGUUACGGUUCAUGUAUAGUUGA